ACCGUUCUCCCGCUACCUCGUCACGCUACCGUCCCCUCCACGGAGUUUCACGGAUAUUCCCUCGCUUGGGUUUCGAAGAUUAUCGGAACAAUAUCAGGAGAUACAUGAUGAUUAUCAGAAGAAACAUGUGUUUGAAGAAGCUUCUUUCCAUACGAAAAUUUUCAAGGAGCACGAAGGAGGCAUGGGAGAAUUUUCUACGUAAUAGCCACAGAACAUCGCUUAAAAGAUUUAUUCAAAAUCAUCACGAAGUAGCGACCGCGAUUUUAAAAAACACGAAGAUGACUCACGAUCAUCUGACUCCGGAGUUGAAAUUAUUUCUACUAACAGAGGACUGUCCUCUAUACCAUGAGCCGUUCGAUGAACAUACAGAUGGAAAAUUUGAUUCCUUGACCAGAAACGUAUUUCAAGAUCCAUUUUGGUCUAUAUACUGGCCUGGAGGUCAAGUACUUACGAGAUUCAUUCUGGAUGAAAAGGAAAGAAUUUUAGGAUGCGUGGGUCAAAAUGCGAGGCAAGAUGCAAUAAGGAUACUGGAUUUGGGCGCGGGAUGCGGCGCUACGGCGAUAGCUGCGAAAUUAACGAAUAAAAUGUGCAAGAUUGUUGCAAAUGACAUCAGCAAAGUUGCCUGCGUAGCCAUUGCGAUGAAUGCAAUAUUGAAUAAUGCAGACAUCGAGAUACUGUGGGAAAAUCUGUUAGAAAAACCACUACAAGUUCCAUAUGACGUGAUCUUCGUGGGUGAUUUACUGUAUGACGAAGAAAUAGCGAACGUUUUAAUGACCUGGUUGAGUGACGCACAUGAACGAGGUGCGCGGAUUUAUCUAGGAGAUCCAGGAAGGCACGGAUUAAACGAGGAUCUCAGAAAGCGAUUGAAAUUGUUACGACGUUAUUCCUUGCCUGAAAAUGUCAGGAAGGAGAAUCACGGUUACGACAUGGCCACUGUGUGGGAAUUUGAUCGAACUUGAGUGACUGACGCAUGUGGAACAACGUACGGGUUAAAAGAACGUUUUAAAGUCCAAAAGUUAUUCUAAUAUUGAACUUCAAUAUUUUUCUCAAUUAAAUAAUAUGUAACGUAGAUUAAAAAUGUGUCAUUAUUAAAAUAAAUUAUUUAUUUUUAAAUGUUUACCUCUUUAAAUGGGCUCUUAAAUUUUAUAAAUACGGCAGCAAUUUGGAAAUUUCUUCCAACUCAAUUAUUUCAAGGAAAGAUAAACGCGUAUGCUAUAAGUUUACUAAUUUUCAAGCAAUAAUGCUCGUAUUAAUAGUUUACUCUGACGCACAUUCGGAAAUUUUUCUGCAUUGUUACGAAACAGACGUUAAGACUUAUACGUUUAAGUCGCAAUAAAUUGAUCGCUCCUUGGAUUCAUUUACGUGGAUUAGAGAUUACUGGAAGUGACAGUGUAUUCGUUCGAAUGUACGUUCUUCAGCGAAAUUGACGCAAAUGUACAAAAAUCAUUACGACAUAUAAUUGUCAUAUAGCUGCAUGCGACAAUUGCGUUUCGAUAUACACCGCUCACCGGCGACGGUGUGUCACGUAUGUUAUGUGCUCGUGCUUACGUUAAACCGCGGACGUAGUUUCAUACGAAAAAAAUCUUUGCAACAUUUCCAACAGCCUUUGAAAUGACUCUGCGCACGCGCGCGUGCGCGCGUAUGUGCUAUUUUAAAAGUAGAAUCCUAUUUCGUUACAUAAUCCGUUUAUGCAUAUCUCGUUUUCAUAUAAACUCGCAGGCACAUAUGCGUCAAAGCGCGCGUGGUUAUUCUUAUAUUCUUACAUAUUUUUAUCGCAAAUAUUUUACGAUGCGCGUCACAGUAUCGAACAACAUUCUUUACGAUUAUACGUUAUUUUAGCAAAAGAUUGUUGUUAAAUAGUUUAAAUGUUUUUUUAAUAAAAAAAAGCAAUUAAAUUAAAA